CCCUCCCCGGAUUUUGACUACAGCACUCGCAUAGACAGUUGGUUCACGGGGCUCUUCCAAGGACAACCACAGCUCUAAAGUAGCUCUCACCAAAACUUGUCUCGCUGAGCCUCGGGACCUAUACAAUGGCUCGGACCAGGGACUCGCGCUCACCAUCGCCUGCAGGAAGUUACCACGGCUCAAGACGGCGAAGAGAUGAUGACCGCCGCGGUCGGGACCGUCGCGACGAUGGCCGCGACCACCGUCGUCGUGGCCGGUCUCGAAGUCCUGGCAAUCCCCGAUACAAUGACCGCGAACGCGAACGCGACCGGGACGCGUAUCGCCGACGAGACCGAUCCCUAGAUCGUCGAGACGACUCUUACCGAGGAAGCAGGCGUGGCCAUGACCGCCACAGAGACCGGCGUCGAUCCCGCGAUCGGACUCCCGAUCGGAGACGACGAGAUGACGACAGGGAUUCCCGCGCAAGGCGAGACGCAUCGCGCGAUCGGGGCGGCAGUCGCCCUGUGGCCACGGCCGCCUCUCCCGGCCGAAGUCGGCGUGAUGGCGACCGCAGCCGCAGCCGCACCCGCACCCGCGAGCCCGCCACGCCGCAAAGCGCUGGCGGCAACGAGACCCCCAAGCCGAAGCCCACCCAGGCCCAGACCGAGGCCGAGAAGAAGGCUGAACGCCUCGCUCGCCUCGAAGCCUGGAAGAAGAGCAGAGAGACCAAGAAAGAAACCGAAGUCAAUCCUGUUCAGACCCGGAAUCUGCUAGCCGAAAUGGAUCAGAAGGAGUCGUCGGCCACCGGAUCCCCCAGUGCGCCGCCCAGUGAAGCGGCGACGCCUACCCAAUACACUGGCAAGUUUGAUCCGAAGGCCAUAGCUAAGAAGUCGGCCGCGACGUCUCAGAAGCAAGGUACUGCUAACGGUGUUUGGGGAAGCGUCGACGGUGCCGAAAAGGUGGCAGCACCUGUGAAAACUGCCUCGCAAGCGUCUGCACUCCCGGCAAACAGAAGCAACUUGAGUGCCUUCGGCUUCCAAAGGGCCGAGAACGACAAACUCCCCAGCAAACGAAAACUUGUCCUCGACGAAGACGACGAAACCAAGAGGAAACUGACGAAACUUCCCGCUCUUCCCCUCGAAGCCGAUGACACUCCGUACGCUGAUCAAGAUGACGAUGAAUCCGACGCUGACAAUUUCGCCGGGACGGAGGAAGAAGCAGCGGCUGCCGCACGUGCUGCGCACGAGAGGCGGGAAAGGGAAAUGCAGCAAGAGCAAGACGCCCAGGCUGAGGCGACGGGCGAUGUCGAGAUGGCCGAUGCCGAGGCCCCAGCCGAAACGAACACGAACGGAAUACAAAAUGGACAAAAAUCACCCGGUGACGACCAAGGUGUGGCCAGAAUGACAGGCGUGACCGCUGAUACGGAGCAAGGCAAGGUUCCUCCUGCCGAUGUCGAUGUCGAUGUCGAUGUCGAGGACGAGGUCGAGGACGAGGAUGAGAUCGAGGACGACGAGGUAGACCCCUUGGAUGCUUUCAUGGCUGGGUUGGACGACGGCACGGCCUCGACGUUGAAGAACGGGUCCAAGGCGAGUAGUUCCAAGGCUCAAGAGCCCGAAGCGUACUUUAGCGAUGAUGACUACGCUUUCAAGCCAGAGAAUGGAAAACCCAAUGCCGUCCUAGCCAUGGCCGCCAAACGCAAGAAGAAGGACAUCCCCAGCGUCGACUACACCAAGAUCGAUAUGCCAACCAUCCGCAAGAACUUCUGGGUCGAGCCCGCAGAGCUGAGCAACCUGACCGAAGCCGAGACGAACGAGCUGCGCUUGGAGCUGGAUGGCAUCAAGGUGUCUGGAAAAGACGUCCCCAAACCCGUCCAGAAAUGGGCGCAAUGCGGAUUGACUCGACAGACGCUGGACAUCGUCGCUGACCUAGGCUACGAGAAGCCGACGCCCAUCCAGAUGCAAGCUCUGCCAGCGCUGAUGUCUGGUCGGGACGUCAUCGGCGUUGCCAAGACGGGCUCGGGAAAGACGAUGGCCUUCCUCCUGCCCAUGUUCCGCCACAUUAAGGACCAGCCGCCUCUGAAGGACAUGGACGGCCCAGUUGGUUUGAUCAUGACGCCCACGCGCGAGCUGGCAGUGCAGAUUCACAGGGACUGCAAGCCGUUCCUCAAGUCCAUGGGCCUGCGCGCCGUAUGCGCCUACGGAGGGGCGCCCAUUCGCGAUCAGAUCGCCGAGCUCAAACGCGGCGCCGAAAUCAUCGUGUGCACGCCCGGCCGCAUGAUCGACUUGCUAGCCGCCAACCAGGGCCGGGUGACGAACCUGCGACGAGCCACGUACAUCGUGCUGGACGAAGCGGACCGCAUGUUCGACAUGGGCUUCGAGCCACAGGUCAUGAAGAUCUUCGCCAGCAUGCGGCCCGACCGACAGACCAUCCUGUUCUCGGCGACGAUGCCCCGCAUCAUCGAUUCUCUGACCAAGAAGGUGCUCAAGUCGCCCGUCGAGGUCACCGUUGGUGGACGCAGUGUGGUCGCCCCGGAGAUCACGCAGAUCGUGGAGGUUUUGGACGAAGGCGCCAAGUUCUUCCACCUUCUUGGUCUCCUAGGCGAGCUAUACGAUAAGGACGAGGAUGCUCGAACCCUCAUCUUUGUGGAACGCCAGGAGAAGGCCGAUGACUUGCUCAAAGAGCUCAUGACUAAGGGGUACCCUUGCAUGUCCAUCCACGGCGGUAAGGACCAGGUCGACCGAGAUUCCACCAUUUCCGACUUCAAAAAGGGCAUCGUGCCUAUCUUGAUUGCCACAUCCGUGGCCGCCCGUGGUUUGGACGUGAAGCAACUGAAGCUCGUCGUCAACUACGACGCCCCCAAUCAUUUGGAAGACUACGUCCACCGAGCCGGACGAACGGGAAGAGCCGGGAAUACGGGCACUGCGGUAACGUACAUCACCGAGGACCAGGAGAACUGUGCGCCCGGAAUCGCCAAGGCCCUGGAGCAGAGCGGCCAGCCCGUUCCCGAGCGGCUGAACGAGAUGCGAAAGGCGCACAGGGAGAAGGUCAAGGCCGGCAAGGCCAAGGACACAUCCGGGUUCGGCGGGAAGGGUCUUGACAGACUCGACGCAGAGAGAGAGGCGGCACGCAUGCGCGAGCGCAAAACGCACAAGGCCGAGGGCGAGGAGGAGGAUGUCAAGGAAGAGAAAAACGACGAAGACAAGGCGAAGAAGUCGGCGUCGGCCAUCCAGGCCGCGGCAUCUGCGAUUGUGGCACGGCAGACCUCCAAGCCCGAGGCCGACGCCAAGGACAACAAGGAGCCCAAGGCGACGCCCGCGCCGGGCGGCAAGCAGCCCCUCGACAAGGUCAGCGCGGCCAUCAGCGCCAUCAACCAACGUCUGGGCAAGGCGGGCCAGCUGCGCACGGGCCAGCCCAUCGACAACAAGGGUCCCGACGCCGGUGCCUACCACGCCACGCUGGAGAUCAACGACUUCCCCCAGAAGGCCAGGUGGGCCGUCACCAACCGGACCAACGUGGCUAAGAUUCUCGAAGCCACGGGGGUGUCGAUUACCACCAAGGGCACGUUCUACCCGCUUGGCAAGGAGGUGCCGGCGGGGGCCGACCCCAAGCUGUAUAUCCUGGUGGAGGGCGACACGGAGGUUGUGGUCGGGGCCGCCAUGACGGAACUGACGCGGCUGCUUGAGGAGGGCACCGUCGCUGCCACGACUGCGGACAGCCGCGCCCCGGCUUCGGGGAGAUACAGUGUUGUGUAAGGUACGGUUGCUCGGGCCGGCGAAGAAGAAAAAAAGAUCACAUCUGGCAUUGGGACGGCGCGGUUGCGACUUGAGUGUUGGGAAGGGCGUUUCUUUGUCCUUUUUUUCUUUCUUUUUCUGUUUUCUUCCUUUUCGGUACAAUUGAAUCCCGUUUCAAUACCUGGUGGGGGGGGAAGGGGGCGGCGGUGGUGUAUGUAUUUUCCAAUCCGGGUUAACUCGACGCGGUAAUAUCUACGGGGUCACUGUCGUUGAGACUCAUCCUUGUUCCCUUGAACACGGAGUAUAAUAGAACGAACAUUCAUUCAGUUAUACUGCCCUUAAAAAUGAAAAUACUGUGACCAUCCGCUUCUCGAAUGCAUGUACAAAAUAACACGGAGACAGAUUCCCUCCCCUGUCCUCCCCUCUUGUCCCCUUGGCAGUCCUGUUUGAAAGCCAACUUCAGCAGAUGAGGAUGAACACCUAUCAGUCAAAA